GCUUUUGAUUUGUUCCCAAAAAAAAAAAACAAUGGAGACUACUUUAGUAUCGAUCGAUGUCGACGGAACCCCUGUUCCUCAUCACCCCUCUGCACGCAAUAGUAUUUGCAUCAAUCUUGUAAACCAAAUCCAGAGAUUAGCCAUCGACGAAUCGUCAGAAACAAAGACUUGUACUGGACGUUACCCAUCUACGAGUUAUUUCGCUCAAAUCAAUUUAGAUUUCCACGACUACGACUUUAGUCCGUCAUAUCUGUUCUCGCUCAUCGAUUAUCACCUCCUUUCUCCUCAUACAUCUGAUCUUAUCACCGAGAAGAUGGCUUAUUGUACGAUUCAACACAUAGGAAAACCUUAUCGCAUGUUCGUUGACGUGGUUACUACCGAAAACGUGUUCGUCACGGGAACGUAUUCUCAUCAAAAAGAGGAGGAGGAAGAAGACGAAGAAGAAGAGUCGACCUGUGCCAUAUGCUUAGAGGACAUGUUGAAUGAUGAAAAGAUGAAACUGGUGUUUCCUUGUUCGCAUCGGUUUCAUCUUAGAUGUAUCGCCGAGUGGUUACAGACCAGUAACUCUUGCCCUCUCUGCCGUCAAAUUUUAAUCUAGUAGAGUGAUUUUGUUUUUCGUUUUUAUUUUUUCAUGUCUUGUUAUAACUGAAACUACUUUAUUGUAAACAAAAAAACUAUUUUUGUUUUUAUUUUACCAAGAAACUACUGUCAGAAAAGCAACGAAAGUCCUUAUUUGAAGAAGUGUCCUGCUUCCGGUUCAGAUCAGCUUCAUCGUUCUUGAAGUCCUUAUUUAGUCUCCAGUAUGCUUCUAGCCUCUUUUUUACUUCUUUGUUUUCUUAAGUUUGGGUUGUAUCAUCGUGUGUUUCCGGGUUGUAUCAUUAGUCCUUUGCCGGCUCUGAGUAAGAACUGUUGCAAAUCUAUCUUUAA